AUGUCAAAAAUCUUAGACCACCCAAACGUGGCCUUCUAUGGAAGGUACAUCGACGAUUGUUUCGCAAUUGUUUACGCCGAGUCCGAAGCACUUGCACUUAAUCUUAUUAAAGAAACAAUAAAGUUCGAUGGUUGUGUUAUCGAAUGGGCUGUUUCCUUGUCGGGAUGUCAAUUUCUCGAUGCUUUCAUAUUCAAGGAGUCUGGAAAACUUCAUUGGAAGCCAUUUGUCAAGACAGGAAACAACCGAGAACGAGUUCCAUGGGUAUCACAUCAUCCUUUGGACGUCAAACGUGGCGUCUACAUUGGAGAGUUAUCCAGGUUAGCCGUGCUAUGUAGUACCAAGGAAAUCUACAUCGGAGCAAUUAGAGACCUUAACGCUCUCUAUUUGAUGCGCGGUUAUCCCGAAAACCUAGUCAUGUCUUGGUGUAAGAAGAAUAUACAAGAACGUUGGGAAAAGCGAUUCGCUUUACGAGUCGCAGAGCACGACGAAUCCAUUCUUGUAUGGAAUUGGUUUUCAGCUGCUGAACUUGGAAAAACUGUUACCGAGUACUGGUCGGCAUGGUAUGAACAUGCCGAGAAAGGUCUGUAUAGUGCAGACUCGUCCAGACCCCUUAUCAAACCAGAUCCAAAUUACGUUCACGACCUCGAUGAUGUUCGCCCGGAGCUGUUCACACAGAUCCUUGUGGACGGAGAAACUGAGUUCGUACCGGAUUUGAGGAAGAUAGGACUACUCGGAAGUCGUUGGAUAGUAUCGCGAAAGCGCAAUACUAAUCUUUUCGACCUUGCAAAUGUGUGGAAGAAAACAGUCUUUCGUAAACUGGAUGAAGACAUCGCUGAAAAAGGUGGUGUUGUUCCCGAAACUCAAAACGUUAAUGAAACUUAUCAUUCUGCUCUAGUUGAAGCUGCUGAACAGAUAAGUAUCGAAAGCGAUAACGAGAUAAUACUUCAUAGACGUUCAAUCUCACAAGAGAGGGAACAUCCAGAAUUCGGCAGAAUAUCCAAAUCUUACAACCGAUGA